GCUCGCCAAGAGUACGCUUUACACGGAGAUGCGUGCGCAGUUUACGCGACGAGGGCGACCGCCGCCACCAGACGCGGCGCUCAACAAGGACAUUGCGCACCUCGUGCACCUCGGCUUUCUUGUGGCCACGGUCGAGAUGGCCGUCGAUCGUUACUACUUCUCGCUCCCGCGCCUCGGAGCGCUCAUCUCGGCGCUGCAUGUCGGCAGGCGCACGAUCCGCGUGCUUCUACAGCGGGCGCCGUACCGAGAAAUGACCGAACACGACGUCCUCAAGCGCAAGGUCAAGUCGUCGCCCUUUGGCAUGAGCUACCACGUUCUCGAGAUGGCGCACGCGGGCCUCGUCGCCCGCGUUCCGACAGCGACGUCGUUCUUGCUCAAGUACACGGACCCGGCGGACGGACAAGCAUGA